UUCUCUUAACUAAAGAGAGCUGCCCGCCUAUAAAAACCGCAGAGCAUUAGAACACUUUAUCGAGUAAAGAGCUCAACCCUAAAGAAGAAAAAUCAAGUAAAACAUAGGAAAAUGAGAAAACUCAUUCUAUACGGAUUCGACGCAAGUCCUCCAGUUCGGUCGGUUCUCCUAACCCUGAACGCCUUGGAUAUUCCUUUCGAGUAUAAAAUAGUAAACUUGGUCAGCGGCGAUCAUCUAAAACCGGAAUAUCUCAAGAUUAAUCCACUGCACACAGUUCCCACUUUGGAGGACGAAGGAUUCUAUAUCAGCGAUAGCCAUGCCAUUAAUGCCUAUCUGGUGAGCAAGUACGGCAAGGACGAUUCCCUGUAUCCCAAGGAUCUCCAAAAGCGAGCCAUCGUUGACCAGAGAUUGUACUACGAUUCCAGUGUGUUAAUUAGUACAGCUCGAGCUCUCUUUGCUCCUUUGAGGGAAGGUAAAACUGAGAUCCCUAAGGCCAAGUUCGAUGCCCUGGAAAAGGUCUACCGGACCCUUGACUUAUUCCUGGAAAGCAACGACUAUCUGGCCGGAAAGAAUUUAACCAUCGCCGAUUUCCACACCACUGCUGUCCUAUCCACUGCUGUACUUUUCCUUGAUGUGGAUGCCGCAAAGUAUCCAAAGUUGGUGGAUUGGAUACUGCGCAUGAAAAAGUUGCCAUACUUCGAGGAAGCCAACGGAUCCAGGAUGUCACAGGUCGCCGACUGGCUCAAGAGCAAGAAGUACACGAUUGUUUAAAACUAUUAUAUAUUUUAGGGCGUACUUUCCUAACAAAUAAAAAUAACUUUUAA